AUGGAACAGCUAAUGUUUGACCUGUUGUAUGAACCUAGAGCGGAGGCUUUCACCGGGCCAAUUCAAGGUGAAAGUGCAGAUGACGAGAAAAGAGGAAAAACCUUCCUUGAUCUACAAAACAUUUUGCAGUUUGCCGAUGGUGGGUUUGGAUUUGACAAGAAUGCAUACAGGUUCAAGAAAGAAAAGGUCCUCAUAGAUGAGGUUGUGCAAAUUUUGACGAUGCCGUCUGCAUUUCGAACACCAGCGAUGCUUCAAACCGCCAGAGUAGCUGUGUUAGCAGCCGCCGAAUCCUUUGCCGAUUUUCCAUUGGAUAUGCAGACACAAAUAAUCUCACGAUCCUGGUAUGAAAGAUACGAAUCAAGGAGGGUAAUUAUAAGACAAGGUCAGCCGGCACUGAACUUUUAUUUCAUUAUUUCUGGUACUGCUGCCGUCAGUGUGUCCCGUAAGAACAGAUCAACGGGAGAGCCGUUUGAAGAGUCAGUCGCUGUUCUCAAACCCGGUCUGCUCGCAGGUUUGUGGGAGUUCCCCAGUCGGCUUUUAGCUUCGGAUGAAACAACCGCUUCCGAUGAUCCUGCCCAACCUGGACUUCCUGCUUUACUUGACCAUGUGAGGACUGCGUUUGACCUUAACUGUAUUGCUGUGGCCGAAUGGGAUCCUGCAUACGUUGGCCAAGUCACUCAUUUGUUUUCCCAUAUUCGAAUGACCUACGUCGUGCAAUCGUUGGAGCUACCGCCACAAUCGGAAAGCCUUCCAAUUCUCUUUUUUGGUCGCUGGAUCUCUUUGUCUGCUUUCGAGUCAGCACCAGUUUCUACAGCCACUAGAAAGGUUUGCCCUUGCCCUACAAAUGUCCAUUUUAACUUCGUAUUUUGGACCCAAGGGAUCAUUUUAUUCCAAACGUCAUACUGUCAUUUUUCUAUAUUGUCUUCUCUACUAAACGCUGUCAUUUGGAAUCUUGUAAAAUAUUUUCGCGUUACGAUUGUCACCGACACUAGGAAGCCCAAAUCUCUGUGUGCAUACGUUCAGCAACUUACAACCUAUUAUUGAUGUCCUUCGUAUUUGGAUCCUCUGCGUUUCGCUGCACCCAUUGCAGUUGAGAAACUGAACUGGACCGAACUGGAAGUCAUAUGGACCCAUAACAUCAAGGACUUAAGACGUGUGGGCGGCAGGCUGUUCUGGUUACAUUUCAUUACUGCCCCCGAUUUUUGCGCAUUUCCAAAGUCACUCUGUGGAGGCUGUCCCAGACAAGUCGCAGACUCACAGCAGGCCGAUUCGAAUCAGACCGCCCGGUUGUAAAACGGUUGAUGCGAAACAACUUCGGUUGGACAAAUUUCUUAAAUGACACACACGAGAUGCCAAUCAGACUCUAUUUUUUCAACUUCUGUCAUAUUUUUGAGAAUACAGCAAGUUUUAUUCUUUUCCA